AUGCUCCUCCUGCUGCUGGGUAUCAUUGUCCUGCACGUCGCAGUGCUUGUGCUGCUGUUCGUCUCCACAAUCGUCAGUCAAUGGAUCGAGGGCAACGGACACACGAUGGACCUCUGGCAGAACUGCAGCACGUCCUCCAUGGGCAGCGUCCGCCACUGUUUAUUAUCAUCAACAAAUGAAUGGCUGCAGUCUGUCCAGGCCACCAUGAUCCUGUCCAUCAUCUUCAGUGUGCUGUCCCUCUUCCUGUUCUUCUACCAGCUCUUCACCAUCACCAAAGGGGGCCGGUUUUACCUCACUGGGAUCUUCCAGAUUCUUGCUGGUCUGUGUGUGAUGAGCGCAGCAUCCAUCUACACAGUGAAACACACAGAAUGGCACACCAACUACACUGGUUACACCUACGGAUUCACCUACAUCCUGGCUUGGGUGGCUUUCCCCCUGGCUCUGCUCAGCGGGUUCAUCUAUGUGAUCUUACGGAAACGCGACUGA